AUGACGCUGACGCAUUUAACGUUCCAAAAGUUUCUAUAUCGGGACCUGAGAAAAGACGAUGAAAAGGGUGGGGACAGUCGCACUCCAGUAAAUCACCCUGAUGUUACAAUUAAUGAAUGGAGUUCUCGGUGGUGGCCUAAACGGCGGCCUCAACGGCGGCCUCAACGGCGGCCUCAACGGCGGCCUCAACGGCGGCCUCAACGCCUCAUUGGUGGCCUCAACGGCGGUCUCAACGGCGGCCUCAACGGCGGCCUCAUCGGUGGCCUCAACGGCGGUCUCAACGGCGGCCUCAUUGGCGGCCUCAACGGUGGUCUCAACGGUGGCCUCAAGGAUGGCCUCUACGGCGGUCUCAACGGUUGCCUUAACGGUGGCCUCGGUACUGGCGUCGGCACUAGCCUUGGCGCUGGUCUCGGCGGCGGCCGAAACAUGGGCAGUAGGGCAGCACUCUUGGAGGCGAAGCUGCGCGCCAGCCCUACCGUGCCCGUGUUCCUCUCUCUGGCGGUGGGAGGGGUGCUCCCCUUGCACCCUCAGCACGCAUAUCUGCCCAGCACCGGGCGCCUGCUGCGGUCCACGGCUCCCUACUGCGCUGUGGUCAUGGCCCUCGUGCUGUACUCCACUAUGAGCGUUCUCCUCCUGCACUUGCCCUCCGUGGUGCAGGCCAGGGUGCUCAUGCUGCUUUACACUCGGCUCAAGUGCGUCAACGCCGUCCUGACCAUCACCCCCAUUUUGUUCAUCCCUAAAAUGUGGGUGGGCAUGCGCGGGCUUGCAGCCAGGGUGGUCGAUUUCUGCAAUUACGAGAUCACGCACGAGGCACUGACAGGAAGACGGUUGGACUGGUCGUGGCACUUCCGCCGGAAUCAGGCCGUGCUCGCCGUCCUGUACGCCCUUCUCGUGGCCGUGUUCGUCUCGGGGAAGAUCGUGGAGCCGGAGAGGCCGUGCCACGUCCCUUCCUACGUUUGCAGCAUGCACUUCCAGUCCAACUUGUCGCUGUGGUACAUCAGCUGGAUCUCCCAAAUCCGCUUUGCGGCCGAGGACAUUCUGAAGUACCUGCAAGAGAGCAAGGAGCACCCCUGCACCACAGUGCGGAGGUCACGCAGGCUUUGGGUCGACCUUCGCGAGAUACUGGAGGAAAACAGGACGCUCAAGAACCUCAUCUUCCUGAUCCACGGCUAUCUGUUCUUCGUCGUCACGCUUUCUCUGUACCAGGUGCUCCAUUAUGGCAGGCAGGGUGAGACGACCGCAGCCCUCGCCCAGAGCGUCAUCAACCUGGCCAUGUUCUUCCAAAUCUUCGUAUUCUGCAACGAGACUCACAAGUGUACCGCCACGAUGAACAAAACGUUUACUACGGCCCUGGAUCGCUUCUCGCUCAAGGUGGAGGACGAGGAGACGCGCAAAGCGAUUAACCUGUUCUACCUCUCAAUCGCGGCAAACCCUGCGAAAGCGUCGUUAGCUGGCUUCGCGAAAUGCGACAGACCGUUGUUGUCUUCGGUGGUGGCCUCAACGGUGACGUAUUUAGUGGUACUCGUCCAGUUCCAAACCAUGGAAAGGGAAAGAAGCGCUGUUGACCCCGACAGCUCGACGCCGACGGCGCUGCUCUAUAACGCCACGUAUGAUUAAUAAUACGAGACACAACAAAAUCAUCACGACCCCACAACCCUGCUUUUGGGUCGGCGUCCGGCGUGGCCUCCAAAGAGUGAUGUGAUUUCUAGUCGAAUUACACGAGACAUGAGACAUAGUUAGUGAGAUCACUGUCAGUCACUGUAGUGCCUUAUUACACAAGUACCGGUUCCAGCGCCAUUACCUGGCCAUG